GCCGCCUUGCCUCUUGUCAUCCACAUCUACCUAGGCUCGUUGAACACGCAGAUGAGAUUGCUGUGGUCAGAUCCAUCUACUUCAUCGAUCAAGAAUCCAUCUACAAGACGACGCAAGAAGAGUAGAAACAGAGGAGAGAUAAAGAGAUCACGCCUGCACCUUCAUGUGCUGAUCAUCCUCGUCCAAGUCUUCACCACCGGCGAUGACCUCGUCAUCGUCUUCCUCGUCAUCUGCACCAUGCCGCCGGCGGCAGCCGUCGUCCUCGUCAUCAUCGAGGCUCGUUGGCCGAGCCGCGUCUAUCAAGGAGCCCAUGCCCAAACAGACGGCGUCUCCAACACCAUCACCAUGGCCAGGCUAACGCAUGGUCCUUGACGUCCAUGUACUCGCUCUGGUCGCCGGCGGUCUUCACCUUCGGCACCGUCGAGCCGGCCAUCAAGACUCCAUCCUGCUCGUUAUCAACGUCCACCGCCUCACCUUGGCCCGGCCGCCGGCGGAACAGCAACACCCCUCGUGGCAACCUCACUUGCGUCUCUGUCUUCCUCGUCGAGCCCACGGGUCUGCACCAUGCCGGUGAUGACCUCGCCUUCGUCUUCCUCGUCAUGCCUGCAGGCUCGCACCACGCCGGCGACGACCCCUCCAUCAUCUUCAUCUUCCUCGUCGUUUGCACCAAGCCGGCGGCGACACUCAUCCAGGAUCACCGUCCACCAUCGGCAAGGAGACGGAGUCGGCAAGCGAAGACGCCGAAGUGCGGCCCGGCGACGAGGCCGGCACGCCACGUUCAAGCCCGGCACCAAUCCGACGUCGCCACCGCUGUGAAGAUGCCGAAGCGCGGCGCGACGACGGCGGCGCUGCGCAUCCAAGCCGGCGCCGAGGAUAAUGGCGCCACCGUGAAGGCGCCAAGAUGAGAAGCAAUGCCAAGGCGGCAGGUGAUGGCGUAAAGACAGGCUGCCGCGAGGAGCCGUCGCCGACAUCGAGGAGCCGCGCCGAGACGGAGACAUGUUCGCUGGUCAGGCGCCUGACGAGCAUUUGCAU